CAGAGCUUUACCCUUCUCUCGUUCACAAUCCCGCCAAAGACACUGAGAGAGAGAGCGAGAGACUUGUGAGUGAAAAUCAGUAAGAACUCGUGACCUGAAGAGAACCAGCGAAGAUGAGUACAAUGAAGUUUUGUCGCGAAUGUAAUAACAUAUUAUACCCUAAGGAAGACAAGGAGCAAUCGAUACUCCUCUACGCUUGCCGUAACUGUGAUCACCAGGAAGCGGCGGAUGAUAACUGUGUGUACAGAAACGAGGUUCAUCAUUCUGUAAGUGAACAAACUCAGAUCCUAUCCGACGUCGCUUCUGACCCCACUCUUCCCCGCACCAAGGCCGUGCGCUGCGCCAAGUGUCAACACGGUGAAGCUGUCUUCUUCCAGGCUACUGCUAGAGGAGAGGAAGGAAUGACUCUGUUCUUCGUUUGCUGCAACCCCAACUGUGGCCAUCGCUGGAGAGAAUAGAACUCUGUUGUAGGGUUACAUUAUCCAUGUGUAAUGUGUUAUUGACUUCCCCUUUAAUUGUGUCAUACAUUUAGUUUGGAGUUUUCUGUGUACAAAUAUGAAAACUGUGGGCUGUGGGGGAUGUUAUGUUGUUCUUGAACUUUCAGGGUCUUUUAUGAUCAUUUUAGUUUUACCUGGGUCUAGUUAUGAAUUUUCUGAUUUAUGUGGGGCCGUUCAGAAAACUCGUCGUUAUCUCAGAUGGGUUUGAAAAUUGGAUACGUGGAAACUGGUUGCUC